AUAAAAAGUUCCAUUCCAUUUUAACCACCAGAACGCCUCUUCUGUUAUCCUUGGUUUUGGUUCUUCUACUAUGUGUUUCUGUGCCCUAGAAAACGACGACGAUGACGACCACGACAGACGUCGAGAUGAGUAUUGAUAAGCAGAAGAAGGACAUUGUGAUCCUUAGGAAGAAAUUGAUGGACUGGAGCUUUUUUCCUUAUCUGUACCAACGUUUCAACAAGGAGGAGCCAAUCAAUUGGCGUAACCCUAUGUUCAUCGAUUACAUAGCUCACCAAUCGCUACAAUCUUUUUACAGGGCAUGCAAGCGAUUCGAAAGCUUCGACUUCUCAAUUGAGCCAACGAUAGUUGGUAAGGUGAAGCAUUGCAGCUACUCCGAUUUGGACGGGAUUACUAAUUUCAAGAAUCCUGAAGUAAUUCAAAAGACUAUUUCAGGAAGACUGUUCCAGGGAACCAUUGUUGAAGGAUCUGAAAAACGAUCGGUUAUUGUAAAGACAUGGGAUUUUCACCUUCCUAUGAGAGAUGCUCUUCAAUGUCUAACUACAUUUUGUGAUGAGAUCGAGUUAUUCACCGAUGAAAGAGUAAAUAUGCAUCCAAAUUUGGUGAAGUUGUAUAGGUACUGUUGUGAUACGAGGCUUGCACUUGUCUUUGAUGAAGAAUUCACUGGACUAGUUUUGUCGGAUGUGCUUCUCUCUGAUGACUUUGGGUGGGUUGAGCGGAUGAAGGUCGCAACUCAACUUGCUGAUCUCUACUCAUGUUUGCAUGAGAACAAUAUUGCACUUGACCGUCUUAUUCCUGCAAACAUUAUGAUAGAUAAGGAAUUUAACAUUAAAGUAUUUGACUUUGGGUACGUAACAAAUACUUUCAAUGUGGAUGAUAGCUUUCUUGAUGGUGCUAGAGCUCCAGAGAUUCUAAAAGGUGAGAGGACCAGGACCAUGAAAUCUGAUGUUUAUUAUUUUGGUAUUCUACUGCUGGAGCUGAUGGCCAAAAGGAAGUUUAGUUUCGCUCAUGUGUGUUGUUGUGUGCAAAGAUCAAUUGCAAAUGUGGUUAAGCGUGGUAAAAAAUAUUUGGUUCAUGAAUGCUUCACAGAAGUUGAUUAUCCAACUGCAUUAGCUAUCACACUUCUGGUAUUCCUCUGCACGAAUUUUGAUCCAGACAAGAGGCCCUCAAUGAAGGAUGUUAUAGACACUUUGAAUGCGAUGGGAAUGGGAGGGGUGAAACGAAAAAGAGAUGAAUACGAUGCAGAACAGUAAAAGUGCAUCCUCUCUGUACUGUCUAAACACCGUUAAUGCUAGUGUUUUGAAAAAAGACAAUAAUGUUGUGAUGAUGGAGCUUUAAUUUGUAGAGAAGAAUGUAUUUGACUAAAUACCAUAUCAACUGUACGUGGACCUGUUCUAAAUCUUUUAAGCU